UCGUCCUUCGAUACGAACUAAGCUAAAGCUCCCUUUCCUCUUCUGUUCUGACUUCGUUUCCUUCGUCUUCCUCGUUUCUUCCGCCGAGCCUUCUUCCUUCGAGCUCCCUUCUCUGCGCUUCAGCUACUGCAUUACCGCGCGGGAACACUUCUCGUCUCUCUAUCCGACACGCUUCACUUGUCGAUUUCGUUGAUCCUUGUCGGCGGAAGCGGAAAUGGCUCAGGUGGUGGCUACCAGGUCGAUUCAGGGCUCGCUGUUGCGUUCUAACUGUGGAUCUGUGUCUGACAGACCGGAUAAGCUUCUGAAACCUGCGGGCUUUUCGUGGAAGGUUCUGGAGAGAGAAGAGAAGGGGAGAGGAAGAGCCGCUGUGCGGAACAGAAAAGUGAAUGCUGUUGUGAGAUCCGCUCGUGUCGAGGCUGAUGUUAUUCCGGUGUCCCCGGAGGAUGUCCCGCAGAGAGAGGAGCAACUGGAGAGGUUGUUGGAAAUGCAGCAAUUCGGUGACACUUCGGUAGGGAUGUGGUCCAAGCCGACGGUGCGGAGGAAGACGAAGAUCGUUUGCACCAUCGGUCCUUCUACCAACACAAGGGAAAUGAUAUGGAAGCUAGCUGAAGCUGGGAUGAAUGUAGCUCGGUUGAACAUGUCUCAUGGGGACCAUGCUUCGCAUCAGAAGGUUAUCGAUUUGGUUAAAGAGUACAAUGCACAGUCUAAAGACAACACCAUUGCUAUCAUGCUUGACACCAAGGGCCCAGAGGUUAGAAGUGGAGAUUUGCCGCAGCCUAUUAUGUUGGACGCGGGUCAAGAAUUCACUUUUACGAUUCAGAGAGGAGUCAGCACGGCAAAUUGUGUCAGUGUUAACUAUGAUGAUUUUGUCAAUGACGUGGAAAUGGGUGAUAUGCUACUCGUUGAUGGUGGUAUGAUGUCAUUGGUUGUGAAGUCUAAGACUAAGGAUUCAGUCAAAUGUGAAGUUGUUGAUGGAGGUGAACUUAAGUCAAGGAGGCACCUCAAUGUCAGAGGGAAAAGUGCAACAUUGCCUUCGAUCACUGAGAAGGAUUGGGAGGACAUCAAAUUUGGAGUGGAUAACAAAGUGGACUUCUAUGCUGUUUCCUUUGUCAAAGAUGCUCAAGUUGUACAUGAAUUGAAGAAUUACCUUCAAAGCUGUGGCGCUGAUAUACAUGUGAUCGUAAAAAUUGAAAGCGCAGAUUCGAUACCUAAUUUGAAUUCAAUUAUCACAGCAUCAGAUGGGGCAAUGGUUGCCAGAGGUGAUCUUGGUGCGGAGCUUCCUAUCGAAGAGGUCCCAAUUCUUCAGGAGGAGAUUAUUACGCUAUGUCGUAGCAUGGGAAAAGCUGUAAUUGUUGCAACCAACAUGCUCGAGAGUAUGAUCGUUCAUCCAACUCCAACACGGGCAGAGGUCUCGGACAUUGCAAUUGCUGUUAGAGAAGGUGCUGAUGCAGUGAUGCUUUCUGGAGAAACUGCUCAUGGGAAGUUCCCAUUGAAAGCCGUGAGAGUGAUGCACACAGUGGCUCUACGUACAGAAGCAACCAUUGCUGGUGGUGAAAUGCCGCCUAAUCUUGGGCAAGCCUUCAAGAACCAUACCAGUGAGAUGUUUGCAUAUCAUGCUACCAUGAUGUCAAACACUCUUGGAACUUCAACUGUUGUCUUUACAAGAACUGGUUUCAUGGCCAUUUUAUUGAGCCACUAUCGUCCUUCUGGCACGAUUUUCGCCUUCACAAAUGAGAAGAGGAUUCAACAAAGACUAGCACUGUAUCAGGGAGUAUGCCCCAUAUACAUGCAGUUUACAGAUGAUGCCGAAGAAACCUUUGCAAAAGCUUUGGAUGCAUUGGUGAAGCUGGGAAUGGUGAAGAAGGGAGAGGAAAUAGCGAUAGUGCAGAGCGGGAGGCAGCCGAUAUGGCGGUCGCAGUCCACUCACAACAUCCAAGUCCGCAAAGUUUAGCAUCCGGCUGACUGAGUGAUGGAUGGAUCGAUCGAUAAGUAGAAACUUCUUUCCAUCUAUAAGAAACUUUUUCGCUUCUGUUUUCCUGUUCUCUUGUUUGUUUCCUGUCUGAAUUUCUUCGUCCUGAGUUAGCUAGUUAGUUUGUUGCUUCCUUGAGACAAAAAAGAAAAAAAAAACGGCAGAACUUGGCAGUGUUUUAUGUUUUUUCUUCUGCUCCAAAUCCCAGAAAACGAGUUUUUCA